GCGGGGCCCUCCUGGCAGCUCCCCCUGCCUCACACCCAUGCCCGUCCCCUGAACCCCCUGGGCACCCAUGUGCUCGCCCAGGGACCGCUCCGCACCAUGAAUGACCAGUACCACCGGGCCGCCCGGGACGGCUACCUGGACCUACUGAAGGAAGCCACCAAGAAGGACCUGAACUCACCGGACGAGGAUGGCAUGACCCCGACCCUAUGGGCUGCCUACCACGGCAACCUGGACGCCCUGCGCCUCAUCGUCAGCAGAGGGGGUGAUCCAGACAAAUGUGACAUCUGGGGGAACACCCCUCUCCACCUGGCAGCAGCCAACGGCCACCUGAACUGCCUUUCCUUCCUCAUCUCCUUUGGGGCCAACAUCUGGUGCCUGGACAACGACUACCACACCCCGCUGGACAUGGCAGCCAUGAAGGGGCACAUGGAGUGCGUGCGGUACCUGGACUCUAUUGCUGCCAAGCAGAGCAGCCUCAACCCCAAGCUGGUGAGCAAACUGAAGGACAAGGCCUUUCGGGACGCGGAGAGGAGGAUUAAGGACUGUGUGAAGCUGCAGAAGAAGCACCACGAAAGGAUGGAGAAACGGUACAGAAAGGAGAUGUCGGAUAAUUCAGACACCAUGAGCUUUUCCAGCUAUUCAAGCAGCACCUUAAGCAAGAAGUUCCAGCACAUGUCUAUGGUGACCUCCCUGCCAUACUCACAAGCCACCAUCCACGGCACAGCCAAGGGAAAGACGAAAAUACAAAAGAAACUAGAGAAGAAGAAGCAGAUGGACGGGACAUUCAAGAUCUACGAGGAUGGGAGGAAGAGCGUGAGGUCUCUGUCCGGCCUGCAGCUGGGCAACGACGUCAUGUUUGUGAAGCAGGGCACGUACGCCAGCCCCAAGGAGUGGACUCGCCGUAACAUCAGAGACAUGUUCCUCACGGAUGAAGACACUGUCUCCCGUGCCAUAAGUGACCCGGGCUUGCACAUGGACUCGGCCCACUCAGAAGUCAGCACCGACUCUGGCCACGAGUCCCUGUUCAACCGCCCCGGGCUGGGCACCAUGGUGUUCCGGCGCAACUACGUCAGCAGUGGGCUUUUCGGGAUCGGCCGGGAGGAUGGGGGCACGCUGGGAGAAGACAACACAGACGGGAUGGGCGUCAAACUGCGGAGCCGCCUGCAGCGCUCGCCAAGUCUCAACGACAGCAUUGGCAGUGCCAACAGCCUGCAGGAGAGGAACGCGGAGGAGCUGCCCUGGGACGAGGUGGAGCUGGGCUUGGACGAUGAUGACGAACCAGACACCAGCCCCUUGGAGACUUUUCUGGCUUCCCUGCACAUGUUUGAGUUCAUCUCCAUCCUGAAGAAGGAAAAGAUUGACUUGGAGGCCCUCAUGCUAUGUUCAGACAAUGACCUGAAGAGUAUCAAUAUCCCACUGGGCCCCAGGAAAAAGAUUGUGGAUGCCAUCCAGAGGAGACGACAAACUCUGGAGAAGCCAGAUGUCAUUGUAGACACUGAACUAUAGCAUCAGCAUCUUUUUAUUUUUUUUUUAAAUGCUCGAGAAACAAACCCAGUUCUAAGUUGCCAGAAAACGCAAGCCAGAGACUCCCUUCCUGUGGCAGCUGAAAGCUACAGCCAUCCCCACCAGUCCUGCUGGACUGCUCCCUUGCUCUGCUCCCUGUCUGUGCGAUGCUCCCGGGCAGUACCUGGUACAGAGGGAUGACUGCUGAGAUCGGACCAGGCAGCACCAACCUGCCAACC